CUUCGUGCACCAAAUGUAAAGCCAGGCAUCCCUCGUUGCCGUUUCUUUCAGACAACCCAUCGGGAGUAUCGAUCGAAGCUCAUUCUCGGCCAUCGAUGACGACGGAUACCUCGUUUCCCUUUAUGUUUACUUCCGUGACGACAAAUUUCUCUCCUACCUUUCUGUUUUCCUCCGCCGUCUGGCUCUCUGAUCGAUUCACCUCGCCAUUAUCUCCGCUUUCAAUUCACUUGCGUUGUUUCAGUUCGUUCGAUGAGGUAGCGGGAGGAGAGGAGCAAAAAAUUUGAUAUUUUCUGGUUUGCCAGCAUCAAGAGAAAGAAUGGUCGGAGGCUAUUGUACGAGCCCCCGGCCACCCUUAUGUGCCUAACUAUUCGAGGACCGCUCUCACUACCGGCAAACUGGCUGGAGGGGAUUCGAACCCGUGACCUGACGGGACUUAGGACCUUGAAAGAGGCUGCUCUAACAACAGAUGCUAUUUGUUGUCUGAAGUCUUGAGCUAAGAAAGGAAUGGAGGAGAUUUACACAAAGCCAUUUGAAUCUGUGCAAGCUGCAAUAACUUUGUUUGAGCAGAAGAUUGAUCCUAAAAAAAGCAGCAGUAGCAGUAAUAAGGGAGUAAAAGGAGGAUUUUUGAAGGAUUUAACAGAUUCUAGUCUGUUGCUAGAGGCCACCGAACACGAAAAAAGCCUCGGCUUUUUCGAAUUUGACGCAUCUUCUAAAAGCCCCGAGGAAUUAUUGGCUUUGUUAAAGCUCUGUAAAGCUGAAAGAGACAAUUAUAAGGAGAAAUUCAGAAAAUCACAAGCACUCUUUUUGGAAUACGAGAAAAGAUACCAUUUUUUUCCUUCUGUUAGUAAUUUGGAAGCCGUCGAAUCAAGAACUGCUCGAAUGAAAGCUGAAAUGAUGAAGACAGAACUAAUUGUAGAAGAAGAAGGUUCCCAGGAGCUUCUGAAGCAUACUUCAGAGAUUAAAAAAUUUAAAUUUUCAUCUCAACGGUCAAAUAUCGAGGCAACGAAGCACAGUUCUGCUUUCUGUGGUGAAAUAGAAGAAGAUCUGGAGGCUUCUGGACCAGAAGUUUUUCAGUCAGAGAUACAGUUACAGUUUCUUAAAAGGCAUUUUGCUGAAAUGGAGUUUCUGGAGAUUGAGCUUUUGAAACAAAUUAUAAUGUCUGAAUAUUUACAUGUGGAAUUAAAGCAGUCAAAAGAGGCGCAAUUCUUUUUCUCGAAAGAUAUUGUUAAAUCGGAGAAUGAGCUGAUGAAACGAGUUGAUUCUGGGAACGAAAAACGUGUUCUUGAGAUCAAAGAGGAAGGGAAAAGAAUGAAAGAAGAUCUGAAUUUCCCAUGGGAGAAGAUAAAUGGAGCUGAGGGAGCGAAAACUAAGCUACAAAAACCAUUCGAGAAAGAGAAUGAAGAAGCUUCCUUCAUUAAGAAUAAUGCAUUCACUAUGCUUGAUUCUGAUGGCUUUUGCGCCGGAAUCACAAUCUCCAUGGAGGAAUACGAGUUUUUGAUCCAGAAGUCUGAGAUAGCAAAUCAAACGAAGGGCGAGUCUUCUGGCGAAUAUGAUGUGAAAGAGUUGAAAAGAGAACUGGAAGAUAAGAAUUCGGAAAUAAGUGAGCUGAGAUGCCUGUUAGAAGAGGCUGAGAGAAGAGCUGAAUUGGCUGAGAAAGCCAAAAUGGUAGUGGAGAGUCAGCUCAGGAAGUGGAGGGAUCAGCGGCGGCUGAGACGAGCUGCUUCCGAUGCAGUAAAAGACUACGGCGCUACGAAAAAUGAUGUGAACAGACAACAUGAGAAGCCUCUGUUGUCUAAAUUGGCUUGCAUCAAUCCUGAGGCUCAUGGCCAUCCUCCUCAUCCAAAAAGGAGUGCUUCUGUUCAUGAUGGAAGAAAAUCUAAGCACAUUCCGCUCGGUAAACUUCUAAAAAUGAAGUUUUAGUCGUCACAAACUUCUAAAAAUUAAUUUUUUGUUAUUGCAAACUUUUAAAAAUUAAAUUUUUUUAGUUGCAACUUCUUAAAGUUGAGCUUUGGUAGUCAUGAUGUGGGAAGAGAGCUUUGAAUCAUAAGAGUUGGGCACCAAUGGAAGUUAUGAACUUGC